AUGAAAAGGAAAAAACAUAAAAUGUCAAACUUAAAUGGGAACCAACAAAUACCAGAGAUUCAAUAUCCUGUUAAUCAAAUAAAUAUUGCUUCCAUCCGAUUUACUGAUAAUCCAUUAGAUGAAUUUCAAAAACUCUAUUUCAACCAAAUUUGGAAUGGGAAUCAAUCAUUGGAUUUGGAUGUAAAAGAACAGCUUUAUAAAUCGAGUAACACUGGACUGACUGUUAAACCAAAUGUAAUACCUAAAUCAAAAAGAAAAACGUCGACAGAUAAAAAAAUAGAAAUACUGAAAUGCUUUGAAUAUGAAGUUCCCAAGUUGAAAUCUUGCAAUGACGAGAGUACUCCCAGCACUCCUAUUUUUAAUGGUCCGACUGAAAGAAAAACAUAUAAACCUUCGAAUGUAUCCAAUGAUAGGGACCUUAAUAGGAAUAGUGCGCAAUGCAUACUCUGGGAAUACCGUUCAGGUUAUGUUUUCUUCACAGGAAUUUGGAAGACAUAUCAGGAUGUGAUAGCUGGUAAAAUGGGGUUUCCACAAUAUAAUGAUAACCAAGUAAACCGACUUAUCCAUGAUACUUUUAAACUUGAACUUGAAUAUGUUACGUCAAAUUCUACGAUAGAAUAUGGGAAACAUAAAACUCAUAUAGGAGAGGGGAUGCUCAGUGGUGUUAAGAGAAGAAAAGUAGCAAUAAGCCCUCAGAAUUCUAGAAGUGUAACCAACACGAACUAUAACUAUGAUGAUUCCGGGUUUAUCAAAACUUUAGACUAUUCAAAAUAUAAGGAUUUUCAAUGGAACAAAGUUCCACUGGAUUUGAGAAAUUCAAUUCUUCAAAGCUUCAAAAACCAUCUAGUAAGUGAAUUAGGUAACAAAUGGGAAGAUGUUAAAGAUGUAACUUUGGAUGAUUUCACGAAACGAGUGCGUGGAGGUUACAUUAAAAUUCAGGGGACAUGGCUACCGAUGCAAAUUGCUCGAAUGUUGUGUAAUUGGUUUUGUUUCCCAAUAAGAUACUUGUUGGUGCCUAUAUUUGGACCCAAAUUCCCUGAAGAUUGUGAAAAUUGCUAUAAUGAAUAUCAUAGACCGAUUAACUUGACGACAAAUCGAAUUCAAAGUCCCGUUACCUUUGUAAAUAGACCAGUUGCUUCGAGCAUAAAUAAUCAUACGGGACACCAAAGAAAUAUGCAUAAUACUGAUAAUAAAUUGUUCUGUAUAGAUAACUCUUUGAUAUCAUUUAAUUCAUCAAAUAAUAAUAGUCAAAUGAAAUUCAUAGACAACAAUAGUCAAAUGAAGUUCAUAGACAUUAAUAGUCGGCAAAUGUUUUCAACAGAAGCAUUUCAGCCCAUCCAGCAAUAUGUUGAAAUUAAUAAUAGCACAAGUCAACGCCAAAGGGGGAUAAACGAUACUGAUUUUUCGAACCGACUACCACCUCUGAAAUAUGUUCUUAAUUCAAAGAAAGAGAGUGUAUCACAUAAUAUGUAUCCAGUGCAAAACUACGAAAGACGUUCAAUUUCAAAUAUAAUGGUACCCUUCCCUGUUAACCAUCAAGCACUUCCGUCAUUUAUAAAUAAUAUGGAGGUACCUAUUGUUUCAAAUCGCCUUCCUUAUGGUUGUCUUAUAGAUACUGAGAUUGUGCCGUCCAGUACGAAUGUUCGUCGAGCCGUUUCUGCAAACGGAUUUCAAAAUUAUUCGCAAAAUCCCAACAAUGGAGAAAAUAUACAGCAAUCGAUAAUACCACAGAUGCAUGCUCCUGUCUAUAUUCAAGGGAAUCUUGCUUAUCCGGUUGUCUAUAUGCCAGCUUCCCAGAUUCCCACUCCAAAUAUAAGAAACAAUGAGAGACCGCGUUCCAGAGGUGAGGCUGCCUUGCCAGUUAAAUUCAAUGGCAACGCAAACAAUCCUCCCUAG